AUGGCCUCCCAAGAGGUCCAGCGCAUAGCAAAUAAUGCUUCUGAUGAACCUCGAGCUGAUUCGCUGUUGCUCCCGUUUGCCGAUGCCCCAAGUAUAGUGCAGGCACAACAGAAAGAUGCCCAGAUAGAGACUAUUUUGUCUGCAAAAUUGCUGGAAGUUGUGAAGGCUGUGAAAGGACAAUUGUUCGCCAAUACACAUCCAUUGGAAAUUUCUAUUGCCGUGAAGCUAAUGUAUCUGUGUUUAACUACAUUGAAGGGAAGCAGAACUUUGGGAGAAGAGUAUGUGGAUCUGAUAUAUGUGGGCAGAAGGGGAACUAAGCUAGUGGAAAGGUAUAAAAAGCUACUAUUUAUCAUAUUCUACUGCUUGAGUCCUUACUUUACUACAAAAUUUCUUCAAAAAUGGAGAACAAGCGAUAAUGACAAAUAUUCUUUCAAGAGCGUUUUAAACACUUUGGUGAAUUUACAUCUGGUAUUAUUCUAUUUCAGAGGUGCAUACUACGACAUUUUCAAGAGGAUAUUUGGCCUCAGGUACGCCGUUGGCCAUAAAGUAGACGCUAAUGAAGCAAAGUUCAGAAAUUCCAGCUCUAACAGUUAUAAGUUUUUGGGUUAUAUCUUACUUGUGCAGGGUGCAAGCAAAGUGAUACCUGCCAUUUUCAAACAAUUGAGAUCAAUAGCGCUGCCAGAUACUGGCAGAAGAAAUGAGCGUCGUAAUUGGGAAGAAAAGGGUAAAGACGCUAUAACAGGUAUACCAGAGGCAUCACAAAUAGUUCACAUUUAUUUGUCGGACGAAUCACAGUUGCCAUACAUUCCACAAGCUUCAAGGUCAUGUAUACUUUGCCUGAAUGCUAUGACAGAUCCAAGCUGCGCUCCAUGUGGUCAUAUAUUUUGUUGGGAUUGUAUACUGAGCUGGUGCAAAGAGAGACCUGAAUGUCCCUUGUGCAGACAAAAAUGUCAAGCACAGCAAGUCUUAUCUUUAAGAUGA